ACGUGUCACGUGACUAUGCAUGUCCACACGUGUUUAAAGUGCGCCUCGGCAAAGAAGCCGCUUUCGUUUCUGAAGCGGGCCUGUGGGUUGUGAAACCGGCGACCUUACAAUGGCUCUUACUGGCUCCAGGAGUCUGCUGUCCAAAAUCUGUUUGGUUGAAAGCGCUGUCAGGAGAGCUGCAGCGCCUUGCCUGCCCGCUCUCCAAAGACGUGCAGCUGGAGGGAAAGCUGACCCAAGCGAUGCAGAAGAGGACGACAAGCCCUACGUGUACAGCACAAGCAAGGCAGCCGAGUGGAAAGCUGCACAGACCUUCCGCCCACCAGAACGUGAUAUGCCGGCAGUGCAGCGCUGGUCCGUCUUACUGAGCAUUUCGGCGUUCCUGAUUUACUUCUGCGUGCUGCGUGAGGAGAACGACUUCGACGAACAGUUGGCGCGGCCCAUCACGGAAACUGUGCCGGAACUGGGAAAGGUUGUCGAGACGCCGCCCCCACUGCCUUCCAAGUGGGUCCCGCCAGCCUGGCGGGACUGAUUUUGUAUUUGAGAAGAAUUGUAGCCACGUGGAAGUCACGUCGGAUCAUUGUUUAAUUUUUUUUUUUUUGGCUGCGAACUAGCGUUGCACCUCACGGCACUGCCACGAGCGUGGCCGUGAGAAUCCACAGGGACAGUCUAGUCAGUUCCAUUGUAGCAUCAGCCAGAGCAGCUUUCUUGCAUUCAGAUCAUGGUGCAGGGAAGUACUCGUGAAAGUUUAUCAGCAAGCUACUUGAUUGUAUCUGUACCAGUUCUGCUUGCACAAGGCGUUAUACUGAUUUGAUGGUUGAAGACGAAACGGUAGAAUUAGCUGUUCCCAAGACUGACUUGUGGCGGCAUUGCGGUGAUGCUAAGGCGCUUUUCACUAGGUUGAUGCAUGAAUAGGCGCGUUGUGCGGUCGACGUUAGUAAAAAGUCACAACACCUGCUGGUAUGACCGCUACGACGUGGAUACGCUAUAAAAACUGAAUGAUUGGAGAGCAGUGACUGCUGGAGUCUAGGCAAAUCAGUUCAGCGGAAAUCCACGAGGGGUAGGAAAGUUAAUGAAUGACAAUAGUUGCGAUUCAUUUAGAGGGCCCCUCACCAGGUCUGCCCAUUUUUUUUUUUUUCCAACUAAACGCCCUGUGCCCUUUUCCAUGCGGGCACGCACUCCCAGCGGCAGAGUCGACCUAAGUCGCACAGUGCGUCUGCCUAAGUGGCAGUGCUGUGGUGUCACUCACAGUGACACCUAACCGAGAACUAUUCGAGGCAACGUCAGUUUGCUCUGAUGCUUCAAUAGACAAAUUAAAGUUUGGAGAAAUAAAACAUACAAACCGAA